AUGGAAAAUGAGACUCUUAAUCUGGAUAUUCUACAACUGGAGGGGUUACAGGUCAGCCCCAUUUCCUCCGUCCCUGCCUUCUUCUUCCUCCUCACCAUCUACAUCUUUAUCAUGGUGUCCAACAUCAGCCUGGUGGUGCUGAUACUUAAAGAGAGGACCCUCCACCAGCCAAUGUACCUGCUCUUCUGCAACAUGAGUAUCAAUGAUGUAUUCGGGGCCACGACUGUAGUCCCUCGCAUACUCAAGGAUGUUCUCACUCCGAUGUCACACCGCUACAUUCAUUAUUAUGAGUGUGCCAUUCAGGCCUUCUGUGCCCACUUUCAUGGAGGCACCUCUCACACCGUGCUCAUUAUCAUGGCAUUUGAUCGUUACAUGGCCAUAUGCAACCCACUACGGUAUGCCACCAUCAUGACCAACAGGACGGUGGUGGCGCUGUCGCUCGGUGCCUGGUCUGUGACCUUCUUCAUCAUUGCGAUUCUCGUGGGCCUCAGCGUUCGCUUGUCUCGCUGUAGACGCACCAUCAGCAACCCGUUCUGCGACAACGCCUCCUUGUUCAAGCUCUCAUGUGAAAAUGUUCUCAUCAACCACGUCUAUGGCCUCGGCUCCGCCAUGGCCACAAUGGCCUGCUCACUGUGCAGUGUGACGAUCACCUACCUGAGGAUUGCCAUGGUGUGUUUGAGUAGGAAAAACCAGGCUCUGAACAGUAAAGCCCUGCAAACCUGUGCCACUCACCUGGCCGUGUACAUCAUUCUGCUUCUGUCAGGAAACAUCAUCAUCAUUCUUCAUCGGUUUGAGAACCAUUCAGACAAUAGGAAGCUGGCAUCCAUCCUGUUCCACGUGGUUCCACCUUCUUUAAACGCCAUUAUUUACGGACUUCAGAUCAAAGCCGUUAGAGAAAAAAUCACUGUCAUUUUUACAAGGAAAAAAUUACUUCCUUUUCCCGCAGGGCAAUUUCCUUUUUAG